AUGGACUGCACUGGAGAAGGAGGCGCACAGUGUUGGCCUGCAGAACUGGAGAACUAUUGUACCUCCGGGCCUGGAGAAGCAUGGCCCUCUCCUCUCCCCGACGUGGCGUGUGCCCUUCCGUUGAUAUCUGUGUACUAAAAGGGGGAGUCAUCUGGCAAAAAUGUCACCUUACCUGCUGUGUUCAAGGCUUCCAUUCGACCAGAUAUCGUCAAUUUUGUUCAUACCAUCUUGCGCAAAAAUAACAGACAGCCCUAUGCUGUCAGUGAACUAGCAGGUCAUCAAACUAGUGCCGAGACUUGGGGUACUGGCAGAGCUGUGGCUCGAAUUCCCAGAGUUCGAGGCGGUGGGACUCACCGUUCUGGCCAGGGUGCUUUUGGAAAUAUGUGUCGUGGAGGCCGCAUGUUUGUACCAACCAAAACCUGUCAUCAUUGGCACCAUAGAGUGAACACUACACAGAAGCGAUAUGCCAUCUGCUCUGCCCUGGCUGCCUCUGCCUUACCAGAACUGGUCAUGUCUAAAGGUCAUCGCAUUGAGGAAGUACCUGAACUCCCUUUGGUGGUUGAAGAUAAAUUUGAAGGUUACAAGAAGACCAAGGAGGCUGGUCUGCUUCUUAAGAAACUUAAGGCCUGGAAUGAUAUCAGAAAGGUUUAUACCUCUCAGCGGAUGCGAGCUGGUAAGGGCAAGAUGAGAAACCACCGUCGUAUCCAGUGCAGGGGACCCUGUAUCAUCUGUAGCGAGGACAACGGAUUCAUCAAGGCCUUCAGAAACAUUCCUGGAAUUACUUUGCUUAAUGUAAGCAAACUGAACAUUCUGAAACUUGCUCCUGCUGGCCAUGUGGGACGUUUCUGUAUUUGGACUGAAAGUGUUUUUCGCAAGUUAGAUGAUCUGUAUGGCACUUGGCGGAAAGCUGCCUCCCUCAAGAGUAACUACAACCUUCCCAAGCACAAGAUGCUCAAUACAGAUCUUAGCAGAAUUUUGAAAAGUCCAGAGAUCCAAAGAGCUCUCCAAGCACCACGCAAUAAGAUUCAUCGCAGAGUGCUAAAGAAGAAUCCAUUGAAGAACCUGAGAAUCAUGUUGAAGCCGAACCCCUAUGCAAAGACCAUGCGCCGCAACACCAUUCUCCGUCACGCCAAGAAUCACAAAAUCCGCAUGAAUAAGGCAGCGGCGGCAGCAGCACAAGAAGCUGAAUCAGAUGAGAAGGGGGUUCCAGGCAAGAAGCCUGUGGCGGGGAAGAAAGGAAAGAAGGCUGUUGGUGAGAAGAAACCAAAAAAGCCUUCAGUGGGAAAAAAGGCUGCAACUACCAAGGAACCAGGAGCUGAAAAGAAGCCCACCGAAAAGAAACCCACAGAAGAAAAGAAGCCUGCUGCAUAAUCUUAAAUUUGUUUAUUCUAUAAAGGGCAAAUCACUUUGGACAGCUAAAUUUGAAUAAAGACUUGAUCAA